GAAGGAGAAGCUGCAGAUGGUGCUGCGGGAGGACAGCGACCUCCGCGCUACGCUGGACGACGCGCGCAAAGGCGAGGCGGCCUACCAGGACAUGAACAAGAAGGCCCAAGCGGCUUUCGAGGAGAAAGGGCAGCAGCUUGACGACCUCAAGAGCCGCUUGAACGCGGUCCAGGAGCAGUACGAGCAGAGCACGAGGCACGCGGACGACGCGCUGAGCGCCGAGAACGCCUCGGAGGCCAACUUCAACACCUUCCAGAACCAGUCCAGGGCGGCAGUCGCCGCGGCCCAGCAGGACCUGCGCGCGACCGCCCUGGCCGCCGCCCAGAAGGUGCGCCAGCUGCAGGAC